CCCGCAUCUCCCGCUUCUUCGCAUAAAUGGCGCCCGCAUCAGACCGCUCGACCAGCACCCAGCUGUCCUCCACCUCUCGCUCCGCCAGGCCUGCGAAGAACAUGCAAUCAACGAGCGUCCCUUCCUCACCAUCGCCACCCAUUGCGGCGCUCCCGAGUCUCUCACACUCAUUGUCGUCAUUCCCGACCAUGACAUCAGUGACAAAGGGCAUGGUCCACUACGGCAUGAGCAGCACGAAAAGCAUAAGCGAGGCCAAGCUGCAGACGGCCCUUAACAACACGAAGCAGAGGCAAGCGGGGACAUCCGGACACCAGGACAAAAAGACUGCGAUACUUGGCCCUGCAUAUUCGUGGAGCGAAGACGAGGACGUGCCCUUGACCAUGACAAAGGGGAAGCGCGCAGUACGCAGACGAAGACCUCUUCAUGAACUGUUUUCACCAAAUUUCCGACUGUCGGAUAAUGUCAUGACAUUCGCGCUUUAAUUUGCUCUGGACAACUUACCGUACUCGUUCAUUUGUUGUACCAAUUCCGUCCGCAUGUUGAUUUCAAGGGUCAAAGGGUCAGUCUGUAGCAAGGUUUCCUGGGAAAAUUGUAUCAUCACAUCGUUACCUUACCUCAUCUUACCAUUCACUCACCGCUUAGCGCAUUACAUACGUGUACGAUGCUGCCAACCAUAAUGAAAAUUACGGACGCACUCUCCGC